CGAGAAUGAAACUGCAACAUACAUUUACAUGGAACAUGUCCAGCUAUUACGCAGAAGAUGGGUAAAUAUGUAUGCUAGUUCUCUUCACCGUAUAGCCGACAUUCCGGACUGUAGCAGUAGCCUAUUAAAAGCGUGCAGAAAGUUUUGUCUAAGAACAGAGUAGGGGCGGUCCACAGAAGAACAGGAGGGGAGGACAUGCGGCGCUCAUAUCCAGCUUACCAACUCAGUCAUGCAGGCAUAUAUCAGUGCAAACUCGGAUGAGUGGGUAAACACGACCACAUGCUUCAGAGGUAUGUGAUUAAUUCUAUGUUGGAUUUAACAUUUAUGAAAAACAAAGAUCUCAAAAAAGAAGAUGAACUCCUACACUUCGCUCACACCACAUUUGACUACAAUGAGUGUGGUCAACAAAACCUGCCGCUUUGAAGAGGACUUUAAGUAUAUCCUGCUGCCCGUGUCCUAUGGGCUGGUGUUUGUAGUGGGGCUGGCACUAAACUCCCUAGCCAUGUGGAUGUUUAUAACUAAGAUGCGGCCAUGGAGCGCCAGUACGGUGUACAUGUUCCACCUCGCCCUGUCGGACACCCUCUAUGUGCUCUCGUUGCCAACGCUCAUUUACUACUAUGCCAACCGCAGCCACUGGCCCUUCGGUGUGGUCACCUGCAAGAUGGUCCGCUUCCUGUUCUACGCCAACCUCUACAGCAGCAUCUUGUUCCUCACCUGCAUCAGCGUCCACCGUUACCUGGGCAUCUGCCACCCGAUCCGCGCCCUCACCAUGAUAAAGCCCCGUCAUGCCCACCUGGUGUGUUUCACGGUGUGGGUGGCCAUCACGCUAUGCCUGGUGCCCAAGCUCAUAUUUGUCACCACCACUCGACGUGACAACGACACCCUGUGCCACGACACAACACGACCCGAGGACUUCCACUACUUCCUCACCUACAGCUCCGUGGUCAUGGUGCUGCUGUUCGUCAUCCCCUUCAUUGUGAUCAUGGUGUGCUACUGUCUGAUGGCCCGGGCACUGUGCAGGCCCCGCAAAGGGCUGUCCUCAAGUCAGCAGGGCAACUCCUCCCGCACCAAAUCCAUCAAGCUCAUCGUGGUGGUGCUGGUGGUGUUUGCCGUGUGCUUCGUCCCCUUCCACAUCACCCGCACCCUCUACUACAUCUACAGGUUCUUGGACGCGGACUGUCCGUUUCUCAACGUGGUCAACUUUGCCUACAAGAUCACGCGCCCUCUCGCCAGCGUCAACAGCUGCCUGGACCCCAUCCUUUACUUCCUGGCGGGCGACCACUACCGCUCCAGGCUGCUGCGCGCGUUCACCCGGCAGACCACCAACUCGCGCUCCGCAGCCUAUCAGCAGACGCCGUCCAACAACAACAAGAAUGACAUUGCUCUGGUCUACAAGAAUGCGGAGGCCAAAGAAAGCCCCAAGUCAGAGCGGUAGCUCCACAAACUCUGCACAAACUCAGAAGACACACCGCUGGGCCUGGAACGCACCCAGCGGCGGUGGCGAAGGAGCCGCUCUGAGGUCUGGUGCCGCUUGUGGGCUGCUAAUCAAGUGUGCUGAGACCAGCCUCAGCACGCCAUCCACAUCUCAGCCCUCAGAAGUUCAGCCCAAAAGGAGAGCAGCCAUCGGCGCUGUUGUAAACAAUACAAGGCACCCAAAAUACAGGCAAACUGUCCAAGAACGCUGAAACGCUUUUCACCUAACCACAUCCUGUGUGUGCAUCUAACCUCUUUCCAAUUGUUGUCAGGUCUGUUUAUAUGACUAAGGGGCACAGCACUGCGGGCAUAAAAGCCAGCUAAAACCACCACAUCUAUAGGAGAGCGCCGGCCACACACAGGCAGGCUUUGAGUGAUUGCCGCACUGCAGUUGCUCUUUUUGGGCUGACCACUUCAUCUCACUACGGCUGGUAGACAAAACGGCCCCUUUGUCCCUCUGAGGUGAAAUGUAGUCGCCUACUGCUGCCACUGAGAAAUUCCAA